CGCGAGCGAGAGACGGGACAGUCGCACCGCCGUCCGCCGAGUGGUUGGCUGACUCUCUAUAGCUUCUGUGUCUUCGCUGUGUUUGUUAUUGGUGGCGUAGAAUAGCUCAGCUGUGAGUGCUGGCUGCUCCCGGCGUAAUACAAAAAGCAGACGGAACCUCUCGCUCUCUCUCAUGAUGUUCGGGUUGUUUGCUGGCACCGACAUGUUACCGACUAGGCUGCUCAGGCUGAUGGGGCCAGCGGCGCUUCUCGCCGCGUGGGUGUGUACUGGACACGCAGCGCAUACGAUCGGCUCUGGGAUCGGUGGCUCAAGGACUGGGCUUCUCCGGCCACUACCGAGUGAAGUUGCAGUUUCGGAAAGCGAAGAUAGGGCAACAGCCGAUGAUGGGCGAGUUCGCUGCUAUGGUCGGGCUCGGUCGGCGCGGAGUCUGUGCGCACGGAUGCGGGGCGGGUCGAUGGCUGAGAACCAAGGGCCUACCGACUACUUGUCCACCCUCCAAGACCAGAGCCAGCCGUGGUGGACAGACGGCAAGAACAAGGCGAAACGAAAGAAGCAGGUUCGUGCUGCUGGUGGGGGGGGGUCGGCGGACAAGAAGAGGACGGCAGGGUCUGCAGUAGCGUCAAGAACAACUAGCUCGUCGAGGGCUGGCUCAUCAUCGCCAUCGUCAUCGUCAGCAACGGCAGAUCUCAGCCCCACGGGAUGGGCUGCCCUGCUCGCCCUUCCCAUCGUAUUCCUCUCCGGCAAGUACAAUACCGACGGCAGCAGCAGCAGGGCGGCAGCGGCAGUAAAAGUCAAACCCGCGGCGGCAAAAAAGGCGAAACCGCCUUCCCAAGCCGUGCAGAAGAAGAAAACGCCUACUGCGCCGAAACCCAAGGCAAAACCGAAGCCUACGCCCGCGCCGGCCAAGAGGAGCGGCCCUCCGGCGGCCAGCAGAGGCGGCGGAGGAGUUGCCGGUGUCGUUGGCGGCGUCUUAGGGAAGCUGGUCCCCGACAACGCCUACCUUCGGUCCCUGUUGAUCGUUGCCAUCGCGGCGCUCGGGAGCGGAGGCCUUCACGCCCUCACCACCAGCAACCUGCUGCGCGCGGCAUGGCCAAUCACCCUGGUUGACCCUUGGCAGGUGCUCGCUGCGUCCGCGUGGGCGUUGAACAUGCGUGCCACGUUCGGCGGCGGCCGGCUGGACGGCAUCGGGCAAAGCGGGAGCUCGGGGACCCGUCCCGUCAGGUUCUUGUCGCCGGCAGGAUGGGCAUUCGCCAUCUGGGGACCCAUAUUCUUCGGCGAAGCGAUUUACGUGGCCUUCCAGCUGAUGCCUCUGCCCUCUAUCCGCGGAUCGUGGUGGCUGUCCGACAUCAGCCCUUGGUUCGCUGGCGCCAUGCUCUUCCAGGCUCUCUGGUGCUUCUCCUUCCGACCGUGGGCGAGGGACAGCGGACUACUCUGGCUGCCGGCGCUGCUGCUGGGGGGCACGGGAGUCGCCCUCGGCGGCGUGCACGGCAUCCUUAGAGAGGCGUGGUUCACCAGCGACAUGAGCGUCCUCCAGUACCUCGCGGUCCACGUCCCCCUCAGCCUCCACUUCGGCUGGAUAUCAUGCGCUACGUUGGUAAACCUGAACGGCUACUUCGCCACGAUAAACAAGCUGUCGAACCGAGUCAAGCUGGGUUUGGCUCUGGGCUCCGUGGUUGCGGCGGUGGCGCUGGGGGUCGCGAUAACCCUCCUCCGGGAGGACCCCAUCUACGCGGCCGUCGUCGCGUGGGCUCUCUGGGCUGUGGGGAGCCCCGCAGGAUGGGACGAGCUCCGGGGCCGUGUGGAGCCGGGCUUGAUCCGGACACAACAAGGCGUAGCGAAGGCCGGUGCCGUCAUCACCGCCGGCGCUGCCUGUAUGCUCGUGGGGCUGUCCCUCAAGGACCUUGUCAUCGGCGCGGGAGGGGGCGACUACGACGAGGACUACUGAUGACGGAUAGCGCCCUCUCUCUCAAGAAACUUGGUAGUUAUGAACUUGAUGCUCUACUUUAUCCCAAAAUCGAGGCCCCAUUUGUGUGAGUGUGGUUGAGAACCCAACAACAUAACGUACGUAGCGGCCAUUUGUCGCCCACAAUAGGAACUAAGUACCCCCGCCCCGGCCAAAGGUAGAGCUUCUUACGCGCUGUCUGUAUUUCAACGACGCCGUAGCACGGGGGAGGCAAAAGUUGUACUGUACACCAUAUGCAUACAUCCGGAGUAUGCUUCACGUCUUUUCUAGACUGUGUUGGGGCUGAUUUCAACAGACUGUUCGUAGAGUCGUUCGAGUGGCUUAAAUACUGAUUUCAGGAUUCAUGUAUUUGGUUUGUCGGUUAGUUCUGACUUUCUGUAGGAAAUAUACAUGUAUAUACCACAUGGCAUGUUUUUCGAAAACAUUUUUUAUCUCGAUGCAGAUGAAUUUGAUGCUUGCAUCUGGCUGUUUGACCCUUCCAUCGAUCACAUUCAGUCAGUAGAUUUGAUUUGCGUUCUCGGCAAUGUGCGGUAACGGAAGGUAGUGCGGAUAUUAGAAGAGUCAGGAUUGGCAAUCAAAAGUUAGGUUUGGCAAUCACGCUGCCGUGUUGAUGGGUGUAUACAAAACUUCACCGUUUCGUGUUCACGCCGUUGUUAGUGCUUGCAAAAAAUGUGAGCCGACAGCAAAAGUGGUUGCUGGCGGAAGUCACAACAACCUGGGUUGUUUCGAAUCAGACUUCUUCGUGGCCACGGCACGCGUCUUGUGUUGGGGGGCCUGUGGAUGGAUAACCUGCGAGCACGCGGCACAACCGGUGGUAAUGCUCAGUUCGCCGAGUUCCGACAAGUGUCGUAGGGAGCUGCACAUUACUGCAGCUUUUCAGUUUUUAGCGCCGGCACGUAUGGGUUACAGAAGAGCCUCUUAUUUUUGGCCGUUUCUCGUUUCUGAAUUCUCUAUUGGAUAGAGACCCACGGUGCCUGUAUACGUCUUACUGUGAGCUUCUUGGCUGAGCACCUGACCAAGUUCAAAUUUAUAUUUUCGAGCCUGAAUUUAUUAACUCCCGGGUACUCAAGUGCGGGU